AUGCUGUUUGAUCUCAAUAAAAUAUUGUUCAAGUCAGCCACCUAUGAUCCAAGCACCAAGCUCCCUAUUUAUGUUUUUGAUACCACCGCUUUACCAAACCCUGCACAGUGCAACUUUUUAGCACUCAUAGGACUCCUUGUCGAUAAGAUUCCUGAUUCAAACUAUGUUCUUGUGUUCUUCACUGCAGGACUUUCAAAUGAUAAAAAUUUGAUAGAUUGUCAAGAAAACAAUUCAGAUACUUUCAAAUUCUCGUGGAUAUGGGGAGUGAGAACUUUUCAGCUUAUUCCUCCUGAAAAGAGAAAGUUCCUUAGAAAGAUUUACAUUAUCCACGAAUCGUGGUGGAUCAGAGCUCUCACCGAAGUGGUCAAGAACUUGGUAUCUCUGAAAUUUCUUAAUCGGGAAAAAAUCAUUCAUGUAUCAAAUCUUAGUGAGUUACUGAAACAUUUGGAUAUUACCAAGAUUAACAUUUCAUUAACGAACUAUUGCUACGAAUUUUUCAAGAUUUAUAAUUCAGAAAAUAAUCUUAAUAAGAAAUCUCUUCUUAAUAUCAGAAAACAAGAACCAUCAACACCUCCCAAAGUCGUGAUACCCAUUCAUAUACCUGAUAUAUUUGGUGUGGCAAUUUCUCCAUUAUCAAACCAAUUAAGUUGGUAUUACUAUAAUUUGAUCUUUGUGAAAUUUCUCCAAUUAUAUUAUCUUCCAGAUUACAAUAUCAAAUCACAGCAGCUACACUUAAUUUUGUUCCAUAAUAAUUCGCCAUCACUCAGUUUCAAAAGCAAUAUUCUUCAAGAUCUGAUUUCGCGAAACCAGUUAAUUUCUCUUGAUCAAUUUGAGCUCAGUACCCUUUUCAGUACCUGGAGGUAUUUCCUUAAACGUUUGAAGAACGAUUAUGCAAUGAUACCACUCGGACCAGUAAUUAUGAAUAAAAAUAAACUCGUGGAUUUCGAGCAAAUUAAUGACUUAACUAACCGAAUUUUUGAAUUAAAUGGGUACCAUGAAUUAUUGAAUGAUAUAAUGAAUUUUUUUAUUGUUCCAAUGAUAAUCCAUGAUACAAACCAUCUUGUGAAAAAUUCAAAAGGAAACAACGGAAAUCAAAUAGUGGAUAAAUAUUUCACCAAAAUUUGCAGAUUUUUAAUGCAAUUCAUGUGUGGCAUUCUUGUCAACUAUUCAGAAGACGAACGUCAGGCCGGGAUCAAGUAUGUUGGUAAGUUAAUCCGUUAUUGGCCAUAUCUUGACGUCAAUUAUUAUAGAGCUCCUACAAAUAAACCAUUACCUCCAACACCAAGAAUCAGUGCCAAUCAUUGCAAUUUAAAUAUAUCCCCACUAGCCCCAGUUGAAAAUUGUGAGUUGACUAGGAACUUAUAUGACUAUAUUAUGCAUACAAAUUUAAUUUCUAGGAAUUUGGAAUUUCUUAAUGACAAAGUGUCUAUUAACGAUAAACUCAGAGAUCAGAAACACCUAAAUAAUUUCAAUAUUCUACCAAAGUCAGAUUUUGAAUACCAAAAUCUUGCUCAAAUCAAUACUAUUACUUUUGCUGAUCUUGAAUUAUUGGGUGAUGGUAAAGAAAAUGAAAAACCAGUUGAGGCAUCUUAUGCAACUGAAGGUACUAGUUUCAAGUCUAUCAACGAUAAAAUUCGCAGCAAUUUCAAAACCUAUUUCAGCAACCCACUAAGUGACCUGAAUUUUGCUAGUAGUGUCACCAGCUCUGCAGAAAUUUCUAUUUCUAAAUCCUUCAGCAGCCUUGGGUUCAAAAGCGCCGCACCACCGCCUCCUGAGAAAAAGCCACAGCAUCAACGAGCUAAAACAAUUUCUUCUCUAGCAAAGGAACCCAAAAUAACCCCAAUGGCCCCGCCUCCUCCUCGUUUACCUCCUCGUUCAAACUCUGUGACCUCUUCCCCAGUGCGUUCCCAAAACAGCAACGGUAGCUCAGAUGCAGUUUUCAAAAAACCAAUGAUUCCAUUACGCUCAUCAUCUCCUGGGUUAAAAUAUGCUAGCUCUCAAGAAAGUUUAGCAUCUGUCACUUCAAAACGCUCUAUGUCUAGUAUCAAUAAUGACAUUUUUUCUUCGCCGAAGUCCAAUAGUGUAUAUUCUGCUGGUUGGAAGCCUUCUACAAUUUCACUUUCUUCAAACCCAAUCAACAGCACUCCGACCCUCACGAAGAAGCCGUCAAUUACGAAGGUGGUUCGUAAAGCCACCUCCCAAGAAUUCAUUAUUGCAGAUAAGAAAAAGUAUGCGGGAAUUGAAAAUGGGAAAGUCAACAAAUUAGCGCAAUUGUUUGAGGAACGUUUAGAAGGCAUGGAAAUUUUGGCGGAGAUUGAAGCAGAAAAAUUUUUUCGCAGAUUAGUCUGA